AUGCUCAUGAGUGAUGGCUUGUUACGGGUAUUCUGGCCAUACGAUCUGCCGCGAUCGUCCUCCCCGGGGGUGAUUGUUGGCUGGCGGAAUUCGGAGCUGGAUUUAUUUGUGCUGACCGUGCUGGAGGAUGUUGAGGUGAGAUCUUCGUUAUUUGGCUCCUCAAUCGCUGACCCACGGAACGUCGAUAAUGCUCUCCGCGCCGGAAUUCUCUUUCGCAAUAGCCCACAUCCUAUUGUCCGGAUAUUCGCAUUGUGUGGACGAUCUGCUAUGCAUGUCUUAGGCUCGACAAAUUCUCCGGACCCGCCGACUGCGUUCAAUUCGUCCCAUCUCUAUGUGACGACAAGUCCGUCUUGUAAGGUACCGCGGAUCUGGUGUCCACCUGAGACGAAUCUCUCGGUUCAGGUUUUUAUGUUCCAUCGGCCACAUCCCACGAGGAUGGAAUAUAUGUCUUUGGAUCCCAUCUCUUUGGCGUUGGGUGAUCAGGUGUUUGCGGCGAAUCAGACUGAUGCGGUGUGCAGCAAGAUUGAUACUGAGGAGGAGCACGAUAACGCCAAGGGAGGAAAGUUGGUUGAGAAGCUCAAGCUUCAUACAGUCGUGAAGCAUGUGCCGUCGUCGAAGGAGCAAGCUUUACCCCUCAUUAUCAAUCAGGUAAACUGCGCCUAUGAGAUGGGCAAGCUCAUGGAGAAGAACAGCCACUUGAUUGGGAUCCGAGUCAAGAGAAGUAUGAGUGUUGGAGAGCGAGUCGUGGAAUCUGCGACGACCUUGUGGGACAUGUUUGUCCUCGGUGUUUCCUACGUCUUCUGGCAGUGGAUAUGGCCUGUUAUCACGCGGAUAUUUGUCAUCGGGCUCGUCUUUCACCGUACCAUUGCAGAGGUCGUUCUACAAGUCCUGGAGUGGCGCGCCCAUCCUGACGCUGCUGCACUCAAGGAUAUCUCCGCCACAGCCCAGCAGGUUGACAUUCGCCUUCAACAAUUCUGCUAUUGGCCCAUUCAAUAUGUCAAGCUGCGGCAAAGGAAAGAUAAUUGGGAGAGCGUAACAACUAGUCAUCCGGACUAUAUUCGCUUCUACAAUAGUCUGUGGCUUGUGGCUAAUGAUGUGAUUAUCGGAAUCGCAUUAGGAUCAUACAUCAUAGACAACGCCAAUUGGGUUGCUUUUCAGAUCAACUUCAUCUUGACUGGCUGGACAGUGGAGGGGUUGCAGCGUACCAUAUCUUGGUUGAUGGAUUGGCCGGCUGGGUUAAAACUGAACAAUGAGCUCGCUGCAUUCCUUGGAGACCUCUUUCUGUGGGUUAUAGAAAAUUGGGCAGCUUGCAUUGCAAACCUGCAACCCUAUCUCCCGCAUAUUAUCUAUGUGGUGGGAUGUUCAAGCUUCGCUGGAGCAAGCAUGCCAAUUGCCUUAUUUUCCGAUUUAGUAUCCAUUCUCACCGUCCACAUUUAUUCAUUCUAUAUCGCAUCAGCGCGGAUUUUCAACUGGCAGCUAACAAUUAUUAUCUCGCUCUUUCAUCUCUUCCGCGGCAAGAAGCGCAAUGUGCUCCGCAACCGGAUUGACUCAUGCGAUUAUGAUCUCGACCAGCUAUUGCUGGGUACCAUACUCUUCACCGUUCUUUUCUUUCUCCUUCCCACCGUGAUCGUCUUCUACCUUGCUUUCGCGAGUGCGCGAAUGUUGAUCAUCUCAGUGAAGGCUGCGCUCGACACCUGCCUGGCCUUCUUGAACCACUUUCCGCUCUUCGCUUUAAUGCUGCGAGUCAAAGACUCACGGCGGUUACCCGGCGGAAUCCGUUUUGAACUCCGUGAGGAGCACGACAAGUCCACAGCCAGCCAGUCCCCAACGAGCGUGCCCUAUAUUCAUUUCGAGUCCAUCCCGCUAGCGCUCCGUGCUAUGUUUGAUCAAUACUUCCAACUGGGCCACCGUCUUCGGAAACACUACCUUGCUCCGAGAGUGAUCUUCUGCCUGAUUACUGGCCGCUUCGUGCCUCCUAUUCAUCGUCGCAAUCUCUACGGCAUGCAGUACAGCAUGCUUCCUGCGCGCCGGGCGACCAUGAUGGAAGUCUGGUCAAUGUUGACCCAACCCCGCAAGACGGGUAGCGGGGGUAGCACGUCCUCAUCCAUGGGCGGUGGCAUCGGCACCGCAGCUAAUGGGAUCCUGAAGGUUCCUGGGACAUUCGGGCAAGGGGACUUGCGCAGAAGAGGUCAUCGAUGACGCCAUGAGUUUUAUGUUUUGGACAUACAUACAGCAAU